AUGGCAUUUUGGUCCAGCACCUCGGUUUUUACUUCUAAAGUGCCCCGAAAGAUCUUAUUCAUGUUUACCCUCUCCCUCUCUGUCACCUACUUGUUCUAUAGCUUGAUGAGCUGUUACAACUCGUUACAGUUCCCCUUGCAAGAAAACUACCUGUACCACGGAAGGCUGGUGACAGAGGAGACAACUUUCGUGACAUUAAGGGAGAAACUUUAUUCCACCUCUUCCCAGGGCUACUUCGACGAGGAGUUGGAUGAACGGACAGCCACAGAGCAAACGACUAUUGUAUCCACUGUCAAAAAUAAUGCGGGUUUCGAAGGAAGGACCGCGGAAUGGGUCAGAGCUCAGGCGGCUCCUACUAACUCCAUCACGGCGAUGCACACUGCUGCUAUGGAGAGGGAGCACCAGGAAUUCAGCACCACGGACAACGAACUCCGGAGAGUAGUGAACUGCACCUCGGAUUAUGGGGAGAAAAAAUUACCCCAAGCUAUUAUUAUAGGAGUGAAAAAAGGAGGUACCAGGGCUCUGCUCGAGGCUUUGAGGGUCCAUCCAGACGUUCGAGCUGUUGGAAAUGAGCCCCACUUCUUCGACAGGAACUACGAGAAAGGUCUGGAUUGGUACAGGGACUUGAUGCCCUCCACUCUCGAGGGGCAGAUCACGAUGGAGAAGACUCCUAGCUACUUUGUGACGACCAACGCUCCGAAACGCAUCCACUCGAUGGCUAAAGACAUUAAAUUGAUCAUAGUGGUCCGAAAUCCCGUGACUCGAGCCAUUUCCGACUACACCCAGACUUUAUCUAAGAAACCGGAGAUACCGUCCUUCGAGGUUCUGGCUUUCAAGAACAGAACUCUGGGACUGAUCGAUGCUUCAUGGAGUGCUCUUCGUAUAGGGAUCUAUGCGCUACACCUGGAGAGCUGGAUGCAGUAUUUUCCCCUAUCUCAGAUGCACUUUGUCAGCGGGGAGAGGCUUAUAGUUGAUCCAGCUGGCGAGAUGGCCAAAGUGCAGGACUUUCUUGGACUCAAGAGAAUUGUCACAGACAAACACUUCUAUUUCAACAAAACCAAGGGAUUUCCUUGCCUGAAGAAGCCAGAGGACAGCAGUGCCCCGCGAUGCCUUGGCAAGUCCAAAGGCAGAACUCACCCCAAAAUAGAUCCGGAUGUCAUUCGCAGACUUCACAAAUUCUACAAGCCCUUUAAUAUGAUGUUCUACCAAAUGACAGGGCAGAACUUCCAAUGGGAGCUGGAAGAGGGCGCCGACUCUCCCAGCUCUCGGGACUAG